UUGCUGGGAGCGACUCCAUGCCGCGGCAUCGCCCCCGUGGCCUCCUCUCGCCCCGGGCGCGGUAGCCAUGGCCACCGUGGCGGUCCUGCGGAACGACCCUCUGCAAGCGUUUCUUCAGGACCGCACCCCCAGCGCCUCCCCGGACUUGGCCAAGCACUCGCCGCUGGCCCUGCUGGCCGCCACCUGCAGCCGGAUCGGGCAGCCGGGCGCGCCGUCGGACUUCCUGCAGGUCUCCUACGAGCCGGCCUUGGGCUCGCCGUCGAGGCUCUUCCACCCGUGGGGCGGCGAGAUGCCGGCCCACUCGCCGGGCGCGCCGCCGGCCCUGGGCCUGGCCCCGCAGCCGGCCUUCGGGGGCGCGCACGAGCUGCCGCUGACGCCGCCGGCCGACCCGGCCUACCCGUACGAGUUCUCGCCCGUCAAGAUGCUCCCGCCGCCGCCGCCGCCCUCCGUGGGCGCGCUGCCCUCCGGCUGCCCGCCGCCGCCCUACGUGCCCUACGCCGCCCAGGCGGCCCUGCCCACGGCCUACCCCGGCCUCCUGCCGCCGCCCCAGCCCUGCCGGCAGCUCUCGCCCGCCGCGCCGGCCCCCGACGACCUGCCCUGGUGGAGCCUCCAGCAGGCGGCGCCGCCCGCCGCCGUGGGCGCGCCCCGCUUCGCGCCGGGCGGCUUGCAGCGCGGCGUGGUGCUGGCGCCGUCGGAGCUGGCGCAGCAGUACCAGUCGCAGCUGGCCGCCCUGCUCCGCCCCAAGGCGCCCCUGGCGGCCGCGGCCAGGAGGUGCCGCCGCUGCCGCUGCCCCAACUGCCAGGCCGGCCCCGACGCCGCCGCCCCCGACGCCCCCGACGCCCCGGCGGGCCGCAAGAAGCAGCACGUGUGCCACCUGCCCGGCUGCGGCAAGGUGUACGGCAAGACGUCGCACCUGAAGGCGCACCUGCGCUGGCACACGGGCGAGCGGCCCUUCGUGUGCGGCUGGCUCUUCUGCGGCAAGAGCUUCACGCGCUCCGACGAGCUGCAGCGGCACCUGCGCACCCACACCGGCGAGAAGCGCUUCGGCUGCGGCGAGUGCGGCAAGCGCUUCAUGCGCUCCGACCACCUGGCCAAGCACGUCAAGACCCACCAGAACAGGCGCCUCAAGGCGGCGGCGGGGGGCGGCGCCGUCAAGAGGGAGGCGGCCCGCGACGUGUGA